AGCUUCAGCAUGUGUGGAUACUGAGAAGCCCACUGGCUGUACUGUUGUAAAAACUACUGAGGGAGCACUGCCAUUUGACUGAAGAUGAACACAGAGACAGAAGAUGACUUUUAUCAAUCGGAGGACGACGACUUGGAUGAAGAUGAGGCAACGCAAUAUAUAAUUGAACAAAGUCUGAUUCAAUAUAGAAAACUCAAAGGACUGAAUCCAAGUGAUCUGAAACCCAGUGAAGAUCCUGAUGAGAUUUUCAAAGCAGUCACGGAGGGUGAUGAGAACGCACUGGACAGACUGGCAGUGCAACCAGAGACUCUGUCCAGAGUUGAUGAUCGAGGGUGGAUUCCUCUGCAUGAGGCUGCCGUGCAGCAGGAUAAAAGGAUACUGGAGAUUAUAUUCUCAGCAUCACCCCCAGGUGCAGCCCAGUGUCGCACUCUCAAGGGUGAGACUCCACUGUUUCUAGCUGUGGUCCAUGGACUCAGAGAGAAUGCUACAUUCCUGUUACAGAAUGGUUGUAGCCCAGAUCUCCAGAACGAUGAGCAGGAUUCUCCAUUAGUGGCAGCCAUUCUGAAUGACCAGUAUGACCUGGCCACACUACUGCUUCGCUACAAUGCAAUGGUCGAUCAAACAGGACCACUGAACAGGACAGCUCUACAUGAAUGCGCCUUCUUAGGCUUGGAGAACUUUGUGUAUCUGCUCCUAGAGUCUGGUGCCAACCCAAAUGCAUGUGACAUCAAAAAUAAAACUCCACUGGCCCUGGCUGCACAGAAUGGACAUUUGAAUGUGGUGGAGGUCCUGUUACAGAAAGGAGCCCAUGUCUGGUGUGAAUCAGAGUCGGGUACUAUUUUGUUUGAUGCAGCAGCAUCGGGAAACCCGGACAUAAUCUCCUUACUGCUGGACCACGGAGCAGAUCCCAACCUACCUCUUUACAGUGGGCACCUGCCAAUUCACCGUGUGGCGUACCACGGACACAGACUGGCACUGGAGCACCUCAUCCCAGUGACUAAAAUGAACGCUGUAAAGGAAAGUGGGAUGAGUCCUCUUCAUUCUGCAGCUGCAGGGGGACAUGCUCAAUGUGUGGAGAUGCUGCUCAAAGCUGGCUAUGAUCCAAACUUCAUGCUGCACCCGAGGGUGCGCCGCAACUAUGACGAUGAGCGCAGGUCUGCCCUCUUUUUCGCUGUAUCCAACAAUGAUCUUCAGUGCACCCGCUUGCUGUUAGAAGCUGGGGCGAUGGUGAAUCAGGAUCCAAUAAACUGUUUGCAGGUGGCUCUCAGACAGGGCAACUAUGAACUGAUCAACACACUGCUGAAGUUUGGGGCAAAUGUAAACUACUACUCCCGUGUCAACACCACCCACUUCCCCUCAGCUCUGCAGUAUGCCUUGAAAGACGAGGUCAUGCUGAGAAUGAUUCUAAACCAUGGGUAUGAUGUUAAACGUUGCUUUGACUGUCCGUACGGUGACUGUUCCCAUGACUAUGGUCCUUGGACGACCUCAGUCAUCAAAGACAUGGUGUUCUGUGAGGUGAUAACCGUGUCCUGGCUUAAGCACUUGUGUGGUCAGGUUGUGCGCAUCAUGCUCGACUACACCGACCACGUCUCCUUCUGCACCAAACUUAAGGACAUCUUGGAGGAGCAGAAACAGUGGCCAGAGAUCUGCCAUAUUCAAAGAAAUGCACGGAGUCUGAAGCACUUGUGUCGGUUGCGGAUAAGGGAGCAUCUCAGUCGCCUGCGCUUGAGAGCCCCAGUUUUCAUCAGCUUCCUUCCUCUUCCUCCCAGGCUGAAAGAUUACCUACGCUACAAGGAGUUUGACGUUUACAGCAGGGGCAGCAUGGUUAACCCAGUGUGAAAACACAUUUACAGCUGUCACAGAUAGAGGAAUAAAGAGAGUUGUUUGUGUGUUUAUGUAUGUUUCAUGCACUUUAUGCCAUGCAGUAUUAUUUGUACAUAACUGUUUUGAGUUCUUUAAACAGCUCCAUGUAAAUGGCUCCAUAAAAAUGUACUCUGUUA